AUGAAUAAAAGAUAUAUUAAGAUUGCUUUGGCACUUUUAAGUGUAGCUGGAUAUAUGCAAAAUGUGGCAUUUGCAAGGGAUUCUCCUUCAAGUCCCAAUUCUCCAAAUAAACAAUUACCUAUCGACCCUGAAGAAGCCAAACAAGCAUCAGCUAUUAUGUCCGAGGCUUUAGCUAUUGCACAAAAACAUGCAGAACAUACAGAUGAUUACGAGGAAUAUUCUAAGGAAGAUGACGGAACAAUUCUAUAUUUUAAGAAAGUGAACAAUGUUGAGAUUGGAAAGAUUGAGCUUACAAUCCCAAACCCAAAUAAUUAUAAUGAUGUAGUAAACAUGUUAUGGGAUCCCAAUGGUGCAAAGAACUUUGAUGAUAAAUUCAUUAAAGGAUCCAUUCCUCGAGUAUACAAUCCAAAUUUAGUAAUUAUACAACAACGUUACAAAAGUCUUAUGAUGUCAUGGCAAAGAUAUUAUCAUGCAUUAGCCAACAAAGUUGAAUUAUCAAAAGACCAAACUGCAUUAAUCUUGGUUUCAUCAAAUAUGAAUGAUCAUGAUGGUGGAAACAAUAAAAAAUAUGUAAAUCCUAUUGUAGAAAGCGCAAACUCAUUCAAACCUGAUAUAGAUUCUGAAGAAGAUAUUAGAAAUGGAGAUUUAUAUAAAAUGUAUGUUCACUUAGUAGCAGUUUUCAUCAAAAAGGAAGCCGACUGCGUUAAAGUUACCUAUAUUAGCUCUAUUGAACCAAAUGCUCCUUCCUUUGUACCAUCAAAGAUUGUUAAAAAAAUUUUAGUCAAAAAAAUUUUAAAUAUUACCAAAUUAAAGGAUAUUUUUAAAAAUUAG